CGAAAUGAAAGAAAGCUAUCACUGUUAGUAAAUUAGGGUUUUGGAAGCAAACACAACACAACACAACCAAAAACAGCGGCGGCAAUGGCACCGAAACAAAGGACCGCUAGAGUUAGCCGUAACCCUGAAUUGAUUAGAGGUAUCGGAAAAUACUCUAGGUCUACCAUGUACCACAAGAGAGGUCUCUGGGCUAUUAAGGCCAAACAUGGCGGCUCUUUCCCUCGCCAUGACCCCGUCGCUAAACCUGAAACUCCCGUCGAGAAGCCUCCCAAAUUCUACCCUGCCGAUGAUGUUAAGAAGCCCCUCCGUAACAAGCACAAACCAAAACCUACUAAGCUAAGGGUUAGCAUUACUCCAGGCACAGUGUUGAUUAUUCUUGCUGGAAGAUUUAAGGGGAAGAGAGUUGUGUUUCUUAAGCAGCUUCCUUCUGGACUUCUUCUAGUAACCGGUCCAUUCAAGAUUAACGGAGUCCCUUUGAGGCGUGUGAAUCAGGCUUAUGUUAUUGGAACAUCAACCAAAGUAGACAUUUCUUCAGUUAAUGUUGAUAAGUUUGAUGACAAGUACUUUUCAAAGGAGUCCCCAAAAAAGACAAAGAAGGGAGAGGGAGAGUUCUUUGAGGCAGAUAAGGAGGAUAAAAAGGUUCUCCCCCAGGAAAAGAAGGAUGAUCAGAAGACUGUCGAUGCUGGUUUGUUAAAAGCCAUCGAGAGUGUUCCGGACUUGAAGACUUACCUAGGUGCGAGGUUUUCCUUGAAGGCUGGUGUGAAGCCUCAUGAGUUACUCUUCUAGACGAAACAAGUGUUAGAGAAUUGUUUUUUUGCCCUUGUUUUUUGUUUAUUGUCAAAGUUGGAUCUUAAGUAAUCAUUUACAUUUUCUUGGUAUUUAGACUGCUGUAAAACUUGUAUUUUAUGUGUCAGGUAUUUUCUUUAAUAUAUUUUAUCCUCGUGCACUA